CAUUCCCUUGCUUUCUCUCCGACCAAACACUCCACUGGCGCUUCUGCUCCGCGGCUCGAGAGAGAGGGGGAAAGAAAGAAAGAAGCGGAAGAGUGAGAAAAUUGUAGAGAGAGAAUGCAAGAAAGAGAAAGCGAGAGAGAGUUGGUAACACCAGGUGACGUGUUGGGGAAGGCGACAGACUUGAAGGCAGGGAAGGGUGCCUACGUCGCAUCCCACAAUAACACCGUCUACGCCUCCCUCACCGGUCGCCGCUCCGUUCUCCCUCCUCCGCCCGACUCCUCCGACCAGAGACCAAUAGUAGAAGUUACAGGUCACAAGGCCCAUGGAGCUGUACCUGAGCCUGGUUCUAUUAUCAUUGCACGAGUUACUAAAGUGAUGGCUAGAAUGGCGUCAACGGAUAUAAUGUGUGUUGGGCCCAAAUCUGUGCGAGAAAAGUUCACUGGCACUAUUAGGCAACAAGAUGUUAGAGCAACUGAGAUCGACAAAGUGGAUAUGCACUCUUCCUUUCGCCCUGGUGAUAUUAUCAGAGCUUUAGUUCUCUCCCUUGGAGAUGCCAGGGCAUAUUAUCUAUCGACUGCAAAAAAUGAACUGGGUGUUGUAUCUGCGGAAAGCCCAGCAGGUGGGACAAUGGUUCCAAUUAGUUGGACAGAGAUGCAAUGCCCGUUGACAGGCCAAAUUCAGCAGAGGAAGGUUGCUAAGGUUGGAUCUUGACAAACCGAAAUCAAGGCUUCAAUGAAAGUGAAGGGUUUCUAUAUUUGAAGUUAGAGUAGUUUUACCAUUUCUUUACUCUUUAAUGGUUGCUAAGGUUGGAUCUUGACAAACCGAAAUCAAGGCUUCAAUGAAAGUGAAAGGUUUCUAUAUUUGAAGUUAGAGUAGUUUUACCAUUUCUUUACUCUUUAAUGGUUGCUAAGGUUGGAUCUUGACAAGCCGAAAUCAAGGCUUCAAUGAAAGUGAAGGGUUUCUAUAUUUGAAGUUAGAGUAGUUUUACCAUUUCUUUACUCUUUAAUUUUAUUUUAUUUUUAUCUAAUACUAGGUGCGGCUUGUCCAACAUCCAUAUUUUCUGCAGCAGUGUGUUCUGUUGCCUAUGUCAUUGAUGUUAAUUCAACUUCUAAAGUUUAUAUUUUAGAAAGCUAGAGUGUAGUGAGGUUGGAGGAAGAUGUUCUAUGCUUGCUCUGUUUGCAUUAGAGUGCUUGUACCCUAUCUAUCUAGGUGUGGAGAAAGUUGAGUAAAUGGUCUGUGCAACCACUGAUUGUGCACUCAAUCUAUACAUGUAUUUUUUGGACGUAAACCAUGAAGCUUGUUAUGAGCAUUGCAAAUGA